AGAAUUUCACUAGACAGUUUAAUUAAUUGGUUCUGAUGAAAAUGUUGAAGAAAAAUAGUUCACUUGUUCUUGCGACCUGUUUGGUUGUUCUGCUAAUUUGUGUGAAAUCAAGUCAUGGACAUUCUCAUAUAAGGAGAAAUUUAGUCAGCAACCAAACAGAUAGUUAUGCAGUAAUAUUUGAUGCUGGAAGCAGUGGAAGUAGAGUUCAUGUUUUUCGUUUUAGCCAGAAUUUGGAUUUACUGCCUAUUGGUAAUGGUCUUGAAGUUUACGAUAAGAUUAAACCAGGGUUGAGUUCAUAUGAAAGUGAUCCAAAGGCAGCUGCCAAAUCAUUAGAGCCCCUUCUAUUGAAAGCUGAAAGUGUUGUUCCUAUAAACCAGCACUCUGAUACACCUGUGGAACUUGGGGCAACUGCAGGUUUAAGAAUGUUAAAAGGCAAUGCUGCAGAAAGAAUUAUGCAAUCGGUGAGAAAUAUGCUGAAGAAUGAAAGCAGAUUUGAAUAUAAGGCUGAAUGGGUUUCUAUCCUUAGUGGAACUCAAGAAGGUUCUUAUUUUUGGGUUGGCUUGAACUAUUUAUUAAGAACUUUGGGUAAAAGCUACCAAAAUACAGUAGCUAUUAUAGAUCUUGGAGGUGGAUCAGUACAAAUGGCUUUUGCUUUAUCAAAGGAAAAUGCAAAAAAAGCCCCAACAAAUUUAGAUGGAGAGAAAUAUGUGUUGCAAAAAUCCCUCAUGGGAGCUAAUUAUUACCUUUAUGUUCAUAGUUAUUUGAACUAUGGUCUACUAGCAUCACGAGCUGAGAUUCUCAAAGUUUCACGAAACUCUACUAGUCCAUGCAUUUUGAAGGGCACUGAUGGGUAUUACACAUAUGGUGGAGUGGCAUACAAAGCUUCACCUUCACCAAUUGGUUCAAGUUUGAGAAAAUGCAGGGCAAUUGUGUGGAAGACACUUAAGUUAAAUGCACCAUGCAAAUACCAUACUUGUACCUUUAAUGGUGUAUGGAAUGGUGGAGGUGUUGAUGGUAUCAAGAAUAUAUAUAUUUCAUCAUUUUUCUUCGAUCUGGCUUCUGGGGUUAAUAUUGUUGAUCCAAAAGCAUCAUCUGGCAAAGCUAAGCCAAUACAAUACCUAAAUGCAGCCAAGAUUGCUUGCAAGCUAAAAGCUCAAGAAGUAAAAUAUGUGUUUCCUAAUGUGGAUAGUAAAGACCUUCCAUAUAUUUGCAUGGAUAUGAUAUACCAAUUCUCUUUACUUGUGGAUGGAUUUGGUUUGAAUCCUUAUAGAGAGAUUACAUUGGUGCAUGAUAAUAAUUACAAAAAUAAUCGUGUAGAAGCAGCAUGGCCAUUGGGUUGUGCCAUUGACGUAGUCUCAUCAUCCUCUUCAAGGAGUCACAUUUCAUCUUCUUAAUU